GGAGAACAUUUCAGAAGGUAUUCACUCUGCCUACCUUCUGUAUUUAAAAAUAUAUAAUUUGGAGGGAAAAUGGUCUGCACAAGGUGGUGGUCAUCGAACGCUACUCUACGGGCAUGCAAUCUUGCUGCGCCAUUCGUACAGCGGCAUGUAUCUAUGCUGCCUCUCUACAUCUCGAUCUUCAAUGGAUAAGCUGGCAUUUGACGUAGGAUUGCAAGAGGACACAACAGGUGAGGCAUGCUGGUGGACCAUACAUCCUGCUUCCAAGCAGCGAUCUGAAGGAGAAAAAGUGCGUGUUGGAGAUGAUCUUAUUUUAGUCAGUGUCUCUUCAGAAAGAUAUUUGCAUCUGUCUUAUGGCAAUGGUAGCUUACAUGUUGAUGCGGCCUUCCAGCAGACGCUCUGGAGUGUAGCACCGAUCAGUUCAGGAAGUGAAGUUGCCCAAGGAUACCUGAUUGGAGGGGAUGUUCUGAGGUUAUUGCAUGGUCACAUGGAUGAAUGUUUGACAGUCCCUUCGGGUGAACAUGGAGAAGAACAAAGAAGAACUGUCCAUUAUGAAGGUGGUGCUGUGUCCAUUCAUGCUCGUUCCCUUUGGCGACUAGAGACUCUAAGAGUUGCGUGGAGUGGCAGCCACAUUAGAUGGGGACAGCCAUUCAGACUAAGACAUAUAACAACAGGAAAAUAUUUAAGUCUCCUGGAUGACAAGAGUCUUCUUCUUACAGACAAAGAGAAGGCGGAUGUAAAAUCUACAGCAUUCUGUUUUCGGUCUUCCAAGGAAAAGUUGGACAUAGGGACAAGAAAAGAGGUGGAUGGAAUGGGAGCACCUGAAAUAAAGUAUGGGGAUUCAAUAUGCUUCAUACAACAUGUGGAUACAGGCCUAUGGCUCACGUACCAGUCUGCUGAUGCGAAGUCUGUAAGAAUGGGUUCUUUGCAGCGAAAGGCAAUAAUGCACCAUGAAGGUCACAUGGAUGAUGGUUUAACACUGUCCAGAUCUCAGAAUGAAGAAUCCCGUACAGCACGUGUCAUCCGUAGUACAGUCUUCCUUUUCAACAGGUUUAUAAGGGGCCUUGACGCUCUCAGCAAGAAAGUAAAGUCUUCCACCAUCGAUUUGCCUAUCGAGUCAGUCAGCCUGAGCCUUCAGGACUUGAUUGGCUACUUUCACCCUCCUGAUGAACAUUUGGAGCAUGAAAACAAACAAAAUAGGCUCCGAGCACUGAAGAAUCGCCAGAACCUCUUCCAAGAAGAGGGUAUGAUUAACCUUGUUCUUGAAUGUAUUGAUCGCUUGAAUGUAUACAGCAGUGCAGCUCAUUUUGCAGAUGUAGCUGGGAAGGAAGCUGGAGAAGCAUGGAAAUCUAUUCUGAACUCUUUGUAUGAACUACUAGCGGCUCUGAUUCGAGGAAAUCGUAAAAACUGUGCUCAAUUUUCUGGGUCUCUGGAUUGGUUGAUCAGCAGAUUAGAAAGACUGGAAGCCUCUUCUGGAAUUUUGGAGGUUUUACACUGUGUGUUGGUGGAAAGCCCAGAAGCUCUAAACAUUAUUAAGGAAGGGCAUAUUAAGUCAAUCAUCUGUCUUUUGGACAAACAUGGAAGAAACCAUAAGGUUUUGGAUGUUUUGUGUUCUCUCUGUGUUUGUCAUGGAGUAGCUGUGCGGUCUAAUCAACAUCUAAUCUGUGAUAAUCUCCUGCCAGGAAGAGAUCUGCUCUUACAGACACGCCUCGUCAACCAUGUGAGCAGGUAUGAAAAAAAAAAAAAAGAUUGUUAUCCAGAUCUAGCUGUGCAUUCAGCAUAUUGUCCACCGAUGUCCUGUGAUUGCUUUUCUGUUUGUGAUCUU